AUGAUUCUCGUCCUGAAGCGGGAUGCUGCGCGGAAGAGUUCCGCGUAUAAAAAGUUGGCAGAAAAGGUGCUGGGUGAUGCCACUCAGGUGAGAGUCCUAUGCCCAGUGGAGGUAAUCCAAUGCCAAGGCCUAGAUAAAAUUACCGAAGCCGGUGAGCUGGAAGUUGCACUGAGAGAUCAGUGUGGCGUUGAAAUCAAGGAUACCGCUAUUCGGUUGCGGAAAGGUUAUGCUGGAACGCAGGUUGCCUUAUUCCAGAUAUCUCUGGCAAACCCCAAAGAAGUACUACCUUGUGCCACGGAUGCCGAUUGUAACUCGCUGCAGAACACAACCUGCAUCGAUAUAGAAUCAAGUUCAACCAAAACAUGCCGCUGUGAGGAUAUGGAAUUCCCUAACUUGGGGCACUGUUGGUUAUUAAAUAAAGAUCUCAACAGCCUAUGUUCCGGUGCACAGGAUUGCUAUACCCAUGGCAACGAUCGAGAUAGCGUUGACUGCAUAGAAUCAAAAUGUAAAUGUCAACUGGGCUACUUUGUCGAUGAGGAGAGUUCGUCUUGUCAAGAAAUCGAAUAUCCUGGUGAAUCCGGCUCACUUGAAAUAGCGAAUUUGUGCCUUCUGUUAUUCACGUGUUGUCUGGCCGCGUUUUCUUUGUAUAAAUUGGUGUGCUUGAUUAAAUUCUCCAAGAAAUUAACUCAGGGGAAACCUUUUGUUCUUUGAGUUUCGUACAUCUAAGAUUUUUUUUUAGAAUGCAGCUAAUUUAAUGACUGAUUAUUUAAACUAAUUGUUGAACGCAUUUGACAAUAAAAAUUAACAACACAGUGUGAAAAUGUCUUGUUUCAAUUAAUUUAUAAU